GAAUCCUCACAAAAAUCAAGCUGUCAGGUGGAUGAGUAAGCCAAGUGAAGAAGGAAAAAAGAACAAUCCUGUUAAGUUCGCUUUUCCAGCUGCUUGUAUCAAAAACCGUACAGAAAGGUGUAAAUAUUAAUUAUUCUACCCCGCAUCCCCUGCGUUGUGAAUCUCCCCCAGCCUGUACGCGAUUGGAGUGAGUCGUCGCCAACAAUCGUGCACGACAAGUGGCGACACAGCGAAAGAUUGUUUGCUUGAAGCUUGACAAAUUGUGCUUGACUACUACGACGCUUACAGUGGUACAAACGGCAACACAGCAAUGGCUGGAUUGAACGACAAUCCGUUCGGUGAGCCGGAAAUCGACAAUCCGUUUGCGGAUCCUUCGAUACAGCAGAUCACGAGAAACACGACUAGUUUGCAACAGACUCUAGAUGACUACCGACCGUUCGAUAAUGAUCGUAAUGUGCUGGGCAAUGGCAGUGGAGCUAACCAACCGGCUACUCUACACCCGUCCACACAGUCCCCACCAGUGUACAACCAAAGUGGAGCCCAAUUUCAAACCAAUAGCAAUGGUGCAAUGUCACCGAGCGGAAGCAAACCGGACGGAAUGACACAGAUCUCCACCGCCGAACUCGAGCGUGCUCAGGAAGAGCUGGAGCGCAAAACGCGCGAACUGGAACGCCGGGAAGCAAAUAUGAUGCGCAGCACCAAUGGGCAACCGAACAAUUGGCCCCCGCUGCCAUCGUUCUGCCCGAUGCAGCCAUGUUUCUACCAUGACAUCAGCCUCGACAUUCCGUCCGAGUUCCAGAAAACGGUCACCCGACUGUACAAGCUCUGGAUGUUUUAUGCGCUUGUGAUGGUGGUUAACAUUCUUGGCGGGCUGGUGAUACUGAUCCAUUCGGGCGAGUUCCGCACGUUCGGGUUAAGCAUCUUCUAUGCGAUACUCUUCACGCCGGCAUCGUUCCUGUGCUGGUAUCGCCCAGCGUAUAAGGCCUUUAAGACGGACUCGAGUUUCAACUUCAUGAUGUUCUUCUUCAUCUUCUCCUUCCAAGCGCUCGUGACCACCAUACAAACGAUCGGGUUUCCCGGUUCGGGCACGUGCGGUGUCAUCAUGGCCAUUAGUCAGUUUAGCUCGGGCUGGGGCGUUGUAGUCGGCCUGUUUCUGAUGUGCAUAGCGCUUGCCUACGGUACCUGUGCUGCUGGCAACAUUUUUAUGCUUACGAAGAUCCACCAGAUUUAUCGUUCGGGUGAUAAAAUCACGAUGGGCAAAGCACGCGAAGAGUUCCAGAGCCAGUUUAUGAGCAACUCGAUCGUGCGUGAUGCAGCAGCCGGUGCGGCCCGUGCCUCCGUUCAGAGCACCUUGAACAGCCCGUAUUGAAUAAAAUGUACCGAGCGAACCCGAUUCGAUGCGAUGUUAUCUCACAGCCUUUCUCCUCCUUCCUCCUCGGGGCAACGGAAAGGUUGCAGGAACCGGAAAAUAGAAGCUCGAUUCGUACUCUGACACACGCGGGAACGGAUUCAACGGAUGGAAUCAAUAGUUCCAAUGCUACCCAAGUAUUCCUAUGAGAAGAUGGCAAUGUGGCAGAUUGUUAGCGGUGUCUAGGAUGCUCAGUGUCCGCUAUGUUAAAUUUACUAAACCAAUUCCGUUUGACGCAUGGCUCCCAUCAGUACUUCCAACCCUCAAAACUAUCAUGUUUGGUAAUGUUUCCGAACUGUUCAUCCUUUCUUGUUGUUCGUUUAUCUUGUUUUAAUCGUUUUGAUUUGCCAAGCAGCUAUUAAAUUGUGUCCCAAUGGAUUUUAAUGUUUAGAUGUCCCAGGAGCUCUGUAAGGCGCAUCCUCCCAGUAUCCCAUACCCGGCCUGCAGCUUUUUUGUUUAACUUUUUUUUUUGCAAAUUGGCCAUCACACAAACGCUGCCACAAAGGAAUGCUGAACUAGGUGAAAUUUCCUUUUUCUUAUGUAAAACAAAACGCAAAUGGAAAACGUGUCCGAACGUUAAAUGAACUUUUGUUUUUGUAAGCCGUUAAGUAAUCACCUGCAUAUUUAGAGGCACCUUCCCUACCUGUUCCACAACUCGAAAAGUACACGAUAUCCUAUCAUAGCAAGAAUAUGUGAAUUGAGUGUUAUACUUUUAUAUUAAUGAUGCAAAGUAAUGUACAAUUUAUGUACUAUUGCACUCCGUGGAACGUGUGUCGUAUGUUUUUUUUCUAAUGCACUGAACGCAAACAAGUGUAAAUUUAUAAACUUAUUAAUAAGAACAAACUCACGUGUGCUAAAGCAAGGAUAGAUGAUAGAUGGCUCUAACGCGAAAGUGUUGUAAUGAAAGCAUGAGCGAAUCGUUUGCUGGAUUGAAUAGUAAUAUACACCGUAAAUUCAAAUCAAAACAUAUUAAUUCGUUACACAUAUUUUCUUCAAAUCAUCACACAUAAACGGUACACCGUAUAUUAUGCUGAAGGAAACCAACAUAAACGGAUACAAAGAAAGAAAGUGUUUGUGUUUGCUCUAGUACCUACUAAUAUGAUUUAACUUUAUUACUUAAAAACGGCAUUUAGUAACGUGAGCAGCAGACGUGUGAAAGAAAGUAGAUAAAUGAUGUGAAACCCAAUACACACAUGAUGUGCUCUCGAUGUAAAAUUUAAUACUGCUAAACAUAAUGGAAUAAAAACUGUAUUAUCCGUACCAUGAAGAUGGUUUAAGAAAUUGAGCAAAAUAAUAUAA